CAAAUAUCUACUGUUAAACUUCAAUUCGUUCAAAAAUACUGAAUUUUUGUUCUUGGUUACACCAGUUCUUACAAAAAAAAAGAUGAAAUUGGACGUGAAUGUCUUAAGAUAUCUGUCCAAAGAUGAUUUUAGGGUUCUUACCGCCGUCGAGAUGGGCAUGAGAAACCAUGAAAUUGUGCCUUCUGAGCUCAUUGAUCGUAUAGCUUCUCUCAAGCAUGGAGGUACCUACAAGGUUUUAAAAAACCUGCUAAGGCAUAAGCUGCUGCACCAUGACUCCUCCAAAUAUGACGGGUUUCGCCUUACCUAUCUCGGAUAUGAUUUCCUUGCGAUUAAAACGAUGGUCAAUCGCGGAGUGUUUGCAGCUGUUGGCCGUCAAAUUGGAGUGGGAAAAGAGUCCGAUAUAUUUGAGGUUGCUACGGAGGAUGGUACUGUUUUGGCAAUUAAGUUGCAUAGACUCGGUAGAGUGUCUUUUAGGGCUGUUAAAUCUAAGCGUGACUACUUGAAGCAUCGCAGUAGUUAUAAUUGGCUCUACUUGUCUCGACUUGCUGCUCUUAAAGAAUUUGCUUUUAUGAAGGCUUUGGAAGAACAUGGGUUUCCUGUUCCAAAAGCUGUAGACUGUAAUAGGCAUUGUGUGGUUAUGUCACUUGUCCAAGGCUACCCUCUCGUGCAGGUGAAGCAAUUGCAAAAUCAUGAAACAGUUUUUGAAACAAUAAUUGGUCUUGUUGUUCGUCUGGCAGAACAUGGUCUUAUUCACUGCGAUUUCAAUGAGUUUAACAUUAUGAUUGAUGAUGACGAGAAAGUUACAAUGAUCGAUUUUCCCCAGAUGGUAUCCGUGUCCCAUAGAAAUGCUCAAAUGUAUUUCGACCGUGACGUUGAAUGCAUCUUUAAGUUUUUCAGAAAGAGAUUCAAUAUGUCCUUUCGAGAAAUUGCAGAUGAAAAUGUUGAUUCAGAGGAAGAUGUGGAUGAAUCUUGCAGACUUUCAUUUUCCUCUAUUUCUAAAACAUCGGGUUAUCUGGACAAGGAACUUGCUGCCAGUGGGUUUACAAGGAAAGAUCAGGAUCACAUUGAGAAAUUCAUUCAAGGUGAGGUGGAGAAGGAUACAGGUUCCGACAGUGAAGGAACUGAAGAUGAAGAAAAUGUUGCCGAGUCAAAUGGGACAACAAUUGAGAGUUUGGAUUCUCUGCAAUUGCAGGAGCUGGAAGAAUGUGCUUCUGAAUCUGACAAAGAUGAUAAAGAAGAUGACAGUAAUCAGAUCUGUGAAGCCAGUGAGAAAAAUGAGUCCGAAGCGCAAGAAGUGAACGACAAGGAGGAAGAUAAUGAGACUGUUAAUGAAGAUGAUCCUGAACUGAUCAAGAGGCUAAACAAGCAGAGGAGACGAGCCGUAGCAGCAGCUCGUGGGGGACGGAAGAGUGUUACCUCGAGAAAUUCAUAUAAAGACAAGGGUGGUAGAUCUUCUCACAAUUCAAAAAUUCAGAAACAGAUGAGCAACUGGUGAAGUCUAUACAUGGUACCUUGUAGUUCCGGGUGGAGCUCUGAGUUGGCUUGUUUGAGUGUGAUCAUAUACUGACAGCAGUGAAACCAGCAGAUAGGAAGCAGCAAACCGAGAGGUGAGAGCAUGAACUGGAUAUUUAGCGUAUUUAUGUUUAGGCUGAAGUUGACGAGAAGUUUAUGAUAUAGAAAUAGGAAACAUUGGCGUGCUGUAGAAUAUCUGUUACAUGAUAAAUUCUGUUUUUGGAGAGUCCAGUGAGCUCAUGAUCGGGGGACAAUGAUGAUCUAAGUUUUUGAAUUAUGCUCAAAGUUUUGCUCA